GGGAGUUGGAGCGAGAAAAGCAGCGAAACAACAGGCACACCUACGCCGUGUGACACGAUCAUCCGCAAAAGCGAGCUGCAGCACACAAGCUCCGCCUGACCGACACAAGAUACCUCUACGCGAGCGUGCUCCCUCUCUGCUCUACGCCUGUUUCGGCUGACCAUGCCGUCGUCUCACCGAAGCUCUUGUCGCUCAGCUGCUGCGGCCCUUUUGGUCGUGGGCUUUUCGAGCACAGCACCCUCAUCAGAUGUGCUCGUGUCGGGGUGGGUGGGGCCGAGCGUUGUCGUCGGCCGGGCAGCAGGGAGAGGGCUCGUUCGCGCGAGACCAACAACAAUAACAGCAGCAGCAGGAGCAGCGACAGGAGCCUUGAGAGUGUCCACCAGGAGCAGCAGUAGCCCAAGGCCAUGCCGAUGCGGGUCGGUGACGAGCAUGAGUAGCAGUAGCAGCAGGCACGGGAAAAAUGGACGAGAACAGCAGGGUGGGGAUUGUAAAACUAUCAUGACCGGACAAGCGUCGCCGCUGCCCGCACAUAGAAGACCACAGAGUGACGACGCAGGAGGUGGGGAUGCUUGGGGGAAAGUGAUGGACGGGAUCAAGAGGGUGGGCGUGGGUACUCUGGCCGGUCUGUUUUUGAUGGCGGGAGGAGAUGUCGGUGCUGCGUUUGGAGACGUGGGAGUUGUCGAGCCAACGUCCUCUGUGACCGUGCAAGACCUCCAGCGAUACGACGGCUUCGAGGAUUACGCGGCACAGGGGCAGCAGAUGGAGAACAGCGACGUUGGCUGCUUCGCCAACGAGUGCAAGCGGGAGACCGCCUCCUGCUUCACGGACGGGAGCUGCUUGAAGGGCGUCACGUGCCUCGGCCGAUGUAAGGGGGAACAGGAGUGCGCGACGCGGUGCUUCGCGCAGUACGGGAGCAACAAGCUGGACUCGUGGCUCACGUGCACGCUGGAGGACCACAGCUGCGUGAAGAUUCCGAAAGAUAUGGAUUUUUCGGCGAUCGACAAGGACCCCCCGCACAUCGUCAAGGGCUUCGAGGCGAAGCAGUUGCAGGGGACGUGGUACAAGAUCAUGGGGGUGAACAAGAAGUACGACUGCUUCGACUGCCAGAAGAACACGUUUAACGUGGCUCAGGCGGUAGACGCCCCCGUACCAUCGGGAGGUGACGUCACCGCGGCGACGGCGACCCCGCGCCAGGUCGCCGACAUCAAGGUCAACUUCAGGCUGGCCAAGCCGGACUCGGACGACUUCUGGGAGAACACCAUCACGGAGACGCUGCAGGUGGACCCCGCGGACUCGCCCCGAACUUUCCACACCGACGGGAAGCUGUUCGGUCUCUCGUUCAAGGAGAACUGGUAUGUGACGGGCCACUCCACCGACCCCGGGGAGGAGUUCGUGUUCGUGCAGUACCGGGGGCACACCCUCCAGGGGAGCUACGACGGGGGCUUCGUGUACGCGAGGAAGCCGUACCUGCCCAAGAGCGCGCUGGCCAAGGUCGCCAAGGUGGCUAGGGAACAUGGCAUAGACCCCGACAGCAUGUCGGCCAUCGACAACACGUGCUCGGUGCGAAAGUCACUGCCUCGCGCCGGGGACGCCACGAACAUGAACCCGUUGGAAAGGCUACGGUACGAGGCGUCCUUCGUGUAUGACCUGAUGGAGUGGGUGCACCCGGGCACGAUCCACAAGUACGCCAAGACGGACAAGAAGAAAAACAACCUGGCCUCCUCCCCGUCGUCGUCGUCUGCCAGGAUGGCGAAGGCCGGCGGCGGGGGCAUGUCUUCGUCCCUCAAGGCCGGCCCUCUAGCGGGGGACGAGGGGUAACAACCGCGACUCUUGCUGCUGUUUCCCUCUGUGGGAGACAAGGUCCGCGGUACUCGCUGCUACCUUCAGUAAUGAGGCGGUGAUUGCCGUAUUAGAAUCGACCCCCAGGUGAUCGGAUGGCGGCUAUCUGUCCCCAUGGGAGAUGGCGGUUCGGAGAUCGUGGGAUCUUUUUGCCACCUCCUUUGCUGUAAGGUGACGGGUAGGCGAGAGGGAGAACUACCCACGAGGGGAGAGAUGAAGAAUUACGGUGCCCCUUUUCCUGAAGGGCGUUUAAGUAAAGUCAUUGCCGGGGCAUAUGAGGGGUGAUCGUCCCCUGUUUGUGUUUGGAAGGUGGCUAGGUAGUGAAGAUGAACCUGCCAGUCCCCGUCCUUUCCGUUGUAAGCUUUAUUGUUCUUCUCCGGGGGGUGACAAAAUGUAGAAGUUGCUAGUGGCUAGUUCAUGAAGUUUUCGAUGUCCCCCCUCCCCCUCCCCCCUUUUUUUUUCUGUCAAGGGGAAAUAAGUUGACCGGCUUGACUUACCCGACUUGAUCCGUUGGCUCGUUACGGUAGUUACGACCGUUGUGUUGAUGCCGAUGGCCUUGGUACCAUGUACCAUAACGUUAUUGUUCCAAGCUUAUCACCCAUUGCCCUCGGCUUCUUGGGGUGUUUUUAGCAGCAACAGCAGCUCUUGAUGCAGUUGUGUAUUAAACGUGACUGCUGUUGCACCUUCCCUGUCGGAGCCGAGGCCUAGUUCCGUUCGAGACCUAGCUCGCUUCUUUUGGUUGCGGUCCUUUGGGUUGGCCCGUCACAGCGACUGUUCUGACAGUCUUCCUUCCGGGUACUUCCAUCGUAGGCUUGGAUUUUUUUUUCGUUGCGGUUGUUUGAUUGGCCUCGUGUACGCCCGGCUGUUCAGGAGGUACUACAUUGCUUGCCGGCUGUUGAGGCGACUCUGGUUGUUUUGUUGAGCGACAAGAAAAAAAUUCCCGGUUUGGCUGGGUGCUGUUGAAUGGGAUAUGCUCCGUUGUUUUCGUUAGUACAUACCAGGAACAAUUGUUGUUAUUGUCCCUGCGUUGGCCCCCCCGCGGCCUUUUCUCCUUGAGGUUCUCGUCUUCAUAUAUAUGCAUAUCCGUAGACUUUGCUUGACCUUGGGCCGUUGAUUUGUUGGCAGGAUGGCUCCUGUCGAGCGUUGUUAGCUUUUUAGAUCGGUCUCACUUCCGUUGCCCGUGUCGGGCAUGUAUCAGCCCUCCGUGGGGCAUGUUGCGUUCAGGGUGACGCGUUGGAGGAGGCGAUGUUGGGGAGGGGGGUGGGGCAGGGUUCGAAGCGAUAUCGCUGUGCCCUCGUGCCUGGGAAUGGCCUGGCCGCCAGAGAGGCAAAAGACGCGCGAGGGUCACUGUUCGGUUGGGGAGCAUAUUUCUCUUCUUUCGUUGCUGUCGGCGACUUUGACAGCUACCCGGCCCUCUGACGGGCUUUCCAAACGAGAGCUAGGCGUGUGUUGUCACGAGAGAAGCAAGGGGACGUGCAAGGACCGCUUUUCGAUCGAGGAGCGAUGCCUUUUCUCUUUGCUUUUUUUCUUGGCGAAGGUUGUUUGAACCACCCGGCCUCGUACGGGUUUACCGGACGACAGGUUGGCGGGUUUUAUCGGACAAUGCUGUGGGAGAAGGAUGGGCGGUGGUGGUGCAAAGCUCCGACGAUUGCCGUGCCAACGGCAUAUUGGUAGAAGGGGGCAAGAUAGAGGUGUUGUUGGGAAGAUUUUAUUUCGUCUGGUACACUUGCUUGCGUGUGUAUUUUGUUGCGUGUUGAUUUUUACAAGAACGGGGGGUUGCAGCACAAGUUUGCGCAUGAAACAUAGGAGUGGUUUUCAUGACAGCAGUUGAUCUGUGUAUGGUAAGGCGAGAGGCCGGGAGGUAAGCAGUUGAUUUGAUUUGGGGGCUUUGACAUGCUUCCUUGAAGAUGCGGUCUUCCCGAGGGAGCCGCCUGGCCCCCUUGCUCAGCAUCAUGCACAGAGUAGUGGAUUUAGCGUUUCUGGAGUCAUGCCCCCCGGGGUUGGGCUGGGCUACAGAGGGCAGGAAGAAGGAACAUUCAGUACACCGAGGCAUCUUGUCCGUAU